AAAAAAAGAAAAAGAAAGGUGUCGGUGGCUUGGAGUGUGACGCUCACUGGGUCUUGUUCAGCAAAACCCAAGACGGCUUUCCUCCUAAAAGCCGCCCCGGUUCUUGCUCUCCUCACCAAAACAAAGAAACCAUUCUCUUGUCCGGGAGUCCAUUUGCUACUUUUUGUUUUGGUACUCGUCUUGUUUUGUCGUUCGCCGGGUCGGCUUCACACGACUUGUCCAAGUUUGUUUGGAAUAUGGCUCAGCAUGGAAAUCCUGUAGCCAGUUCCCAGAAAGCACUCAUGCUGGAGAUGAAAAGUCUUCAGGACGAGCCGGUGGAGGGCUUCAAAAUCACUCUGGUCAACGAGUCGGACAUGUACAACUGGGAAGUGGCGAUAUUCGGUCCACCGAACACGCACUACGAAGGCGGUUAUUUUAAGGCCCUGCUCAAGUUCCCGGUGGACUACCCGUACUCUCCACCUUCUUUCCGCUUCCUCACCAAAAUGUGGCAUCCUAACAUUUAUGAGAACGGAGAAGUCUGCAUUUCCAUCCUGCACCCGCCGGUGGACGACCCCCAUAGUGGCGAGCUACCGUCAGAGCGGUGGAACCCCACGCAGAAUGUCAGGACCAUCUUGCUCAGCGUCAUCUCCCUUCUCAAUGAACCCAACACCUUCUCCCCGGCCAACGUCGAUGCCUCCGUCAUGUACCGCAGGUGGAGGGAGAGCAAGGGAAGCAGGUGCAAGCCACCAAAAGCGAAGCGGACCUCGACGGCGUCAAAGUUCCCGUCACGCUGGAGGAGUACUGCAUCCGCACCAAAGUGCCGGCCACCGACGACGGCUCCAACCUGCUGUACGACAACGACGACUUCGAUGACUACGACGACGGCCAAUGCGACAACUACAGGGACAUUUGCAUGGACGACGACGACAACUCGGACAGCGAGUACUACUACAUUUAACCCGGCGCUCGCCAACGUUGCUUUCUUUUGUUUUUGUUUGUUGGUGAUGCGUCAAUGGAGUUCAAGUCGUUUUAGCUUCUUUUUAACACCCCCCCCCCCCCCCAUCCCAAGAGGUCCGAUGGGAUUGAGCCAACUGUGCAAUUGAAGCAAAAUAGCUUCCUCCUCUCUUGCACAAAAUGGAGGAUGCCAUUUGAGCCCUAUUUGGAUGUCACUCCCUUUUCAACAUUCACUGUUUUUCUUGUUUUUUGUGUCACUGCCAAUUGAGCCCACUGUUUGAGCACAGGCACCAGAGAACCACUACAACAGCUCAAGCAAAUAUUUGAUGAACAUGUCAAGAGGUAUUUCAUGUGUUAAUGGAUGUAACCUAAACAAGCUGCAAUUUUAUUCAAGAUUUAAAAAAAAAAAAAAAAAAAAAACAGGAAAAAAAAGAAA